GGAUACUAGAUGGAAACUUAAGUUGUGCUUAUUGGUAAGAGCUGAAGGAUUCCUGACUAUAGAGUGAAUAAAACUCAUGGCCUACCAGCUAGAAAGUUGGGUCUCUCUGUGUUGCCUAGGCUGGCCUUAUUCCUGGGCUCAAGCGAUCCUCCUACCUCAGCCUCCUGAGCGCUGGGACUACAGUAUCCUUGCCAUGAAAAAGAGAACGUGAUAAGUUGUUCAACUUAUGAAAUUCAAGUUACAUGUGAAUUCUGCCAGGCAAUACAAGGACCUGUGGAAUAUGAGUGAUGACAAACCCUUUCUAUGCACUGCCCCUGGAUGUGGCCAGCGUUUUACCAACGAGGAUCAUUUGGCUGUCCAUAAACAUAAACAUGAGAUGACACUGAAAUUUGGUCCAGCACGUAAUGACAGUGUCAUUGUGGCUGAUCAGACCCCAACACCAACAAGAUUCUUGAAAAACUGUGAAGAAGUGGGUUUGUUUAAUGAGUUGGCAAGUCCAUUUGAGAAUGAAUUCAAGAAGGCUUCAGAAGAUGACAUUAAAAAAAUGCCUCUAGAUUUGUCCCCUCUUGCAACACCCAUCAUAAGAAGCAAAAUUGAGGAACCAUCUGUUGUGGAAACAACUCACCAGGAUAGUCCUUUACCUCAUCCAGAGUCUACUACCAGUGAUGAAAAGGAAGUACCAUUGGCACAAACAGCACAACCCACAUCAGCUAUUGUUCGUCCAGCAUCAUUACAGGUUCCCAAUGUGCUGCUCACAAGUUCUGACUCCAGUGUAAUUAUUCAGCAGGCAGUACCUUCACCAACCUCAAGUACUGUAAUCACCCAGGCACCAUCCUCCAACAGGCCAAUUGUCCCUGUACCAGGCCCAUUUCCUCUUCUGUUACAUCUCCCUAAUGGACAAACCAUGCCUGUUGCUAUUCCUGCAUCAAUUACAAGUUCUAAUGUGCAUGUUCCAGCUGCAGUCCCACUUGUUCGACCAGUCACCAUGGUGCCUAGUGUUCCAGGAAUUCCAGGCCCUUCCUCCCCUCAACCAGUACAACAGUCAGAAGCAAAAAUGAGAUUAAAAGCUGCUUUGACCCAACAACAUCCUCCAGUUACCAAUGGUGAUACUGUCAAAGGUCAUGGUAGUGGAUUGGUUAGGACUCAGUCAGAAGAAUCUCGCCCACAAUCAUUACAACAACCAGCUACAUCCACAACAGAAACUCCGGCUUCUCCAGCUCACACAACUCCACAGACUCAAAAUACAAGUGGUCGUCGAAGAAGAGCUGCUAAUGAGGAUCCUGAUGAAAAAAGGAGGAAAUUUUUAGAGCGAAACAGAGCAGCAGCUUCAAGAUGCCGACAAAAAAGGAAAGUCUGGGUUCAGUCCUUAGAAAAAAAAGCAGAAGACUUGAGUUCAUUAAAUGGUCAACUGCAGAGCGAAGUUACCCUGCUGAGAAAUGAAGUGGCACAGCUGAAACAGCUUCUUCUGGCUCAUAAAGAUUGCCCUGUAACCGCCAUGCAGAAGAAAUCUGGCUAUCAUAGAUUAUACUUUUUAUCAGCCAUCUUCACUUAACAUACAAUAUCCAUUUAUAGUAUUAGAUCCUAUUAUUCUUUCUUAGGUAAUGUCAGCAUUGUGCAGUGUUUUUGUUGUUGUGAAUCUUUAUAUAGUUAGUUAUGAAAAGGCUAGAACAGUGUUUAAAUCAUCUGAUUGUAAGUUCACUCCUAAAUGUUUUCCAAAAAAUGAGAUUUUUCUGUUUUCAGCAUUUUAGAGGUUAAUUGUGCUUUUUCCUUUCUAUAAUGUCCUUGUUAGGUAAGAUGCACAAUGUUGGAACCAGCUGUUACUCUUGAAUAAAUGGCCAAUUUUUGUCCAUUGCACAAAUUUGAAACAAAUAACAGAGUUGGGAAUGCAUUAGGCAACGUUCAUAAUAUAUAACCCACAGCUUUCAUUUUUAUGAUUUAGUGAUAUUUCUGGAUAUUUGUAAAUGUGAAGAUUGUUUCAGCCAUAUGUAUCCACUUCAUUUUAAUUUGCCAGUGUCAGUAAUUCAAAAGAACAAAAUGUUUUGUAUUGGAUACAAACAGUUCCUCAGGUGCUCACGAUAAAACUUAAUGGCUACCAUUUUUACUUGUAGUCAUUGUAAGCAGUUUCAUCAGAAUGGGCAAUAUUUUUUAAUUUAAAAAGAUUCAGUAGAUUUAGCAAUUCUCCAUUGCCAUAUAUAUUUAGGACACUAAUUUUUGUCAGUUUCGAUAAUAUAAAUCUGAGUUAUUUGAUAUCUAGUCAUUUUGACACAGGCCAGUGAAACACAUUGUAAAGUAAAUUGGAACCAUAUAGAAAUAUGUUUAGGAUUUAUAUUAACAAUGAUUGCUAUAGGGAUGAGGCCAUUAGGUUCCCAUCUAACUUAACAUAAUUUCCUGUGGAAGCUUCUGAGUUCAGCAUUAUGCAUACAUGAUUUUCUUAAACAGGAAAGUUCCCUUGAAUUUUGGUAGUUUAAAUGGAAUUAUACAAACGAUUCUAUAAAAUUAGAAAGUAACUCUUUUCUCAAAUUACAUUUAAUUCAAAUUUAUAUACAGUUUUUAAUCUUUAGUAAUUUAUUGGAUGAUUCUAAUAGUUUUGACUCUUUUUUCUAAGUAAUAUAGGCUCAACAAAUGUAAAGCAAUUAUUCAUUUUAACAACUGAUUUAUAAAGAUAUUUUCAGGUAUAUAGACAUGUGGGUUUAUCUAUGGCUAAAUGACCAAAAAGAUUAAUACAUUUUUGUGAAUAUUUUUUUAGUAGGUUAUGAGAAUGCAAGAAAUACAAAGAUAUUUUUAUUAUUUGGAAAUAUCUCUACCUUUAUUCCUGUCUAGUUGUUUAGGUAAUCAAAUUAUUAGCAUUUGAAAGAAAUUUUUAAGUGAUUUAUAUUUGCAGAUUUCAAACCUUUGAAAUAAAUCUAAUUUCUUCUGAGUAAUAGUGAAAGUAGUGAUAGAGAUUAAGUGAAUAUAUCUUGGAGAAGUUUACAGAUUUCACACUAACGUGUAGCACAUAGCAAUAUUAAUGGUGGUAAUCUGUAAGUCUUUCAAAACACUUAUGAAGGAGAACUAAGAUUUAGUAUAAAUUAAGGAAUAUUGUAAAAUCUUGCAGGUAAAGGUGACAAUAGUUAGUCAUAAGGUCUCAAUUUUAUUAACACUGUCUUGCCUAGUUUUAACACUGAAAGUCCUAUGUUACACCCUAGGAAACCCUUUAGUCAGUCAACUGUUGGUCACCCCAAAUGUUAAAUAAUAUAAAAUCAGAAUGAAAAUAAUAAUAAUAAUAAUACUUAUUUACUUAUGUGUAGUCAUCCAAGUCAGAAAAUUCACUAAGCAGUUGUAAAUACAAUUCUGGGUGGAGGUAAAAUCUGUGAUAGAUAUGGUAAGAAUUAAUGCCUUACAAGAAGAUCAGAUCACCUAGAGGUUAUGGAAAAGAUGGGAGGAGGUGAAGGAUAGAGGAAAGGAAUACAUUAUCAAAGGACAUUUUAUAUACACACACACACACAUAUACAUAUACAUAUGAGCUCAUCACCAUAAGUCCCAUUAUUUUGUACAAUUUAUAUGCACUAAUAACUGGACAUGAUGGCAUGGGCCUGUAAUCCCAGCCACUGUGGAACCUAAGGCAAGAGGAUCUCAAGUUUGAGGCAACUGAGUGAGAUCCUGUCUCAAAAUAAAAAGUGCUGGGGAUGUAGCUCUUUGGGAGAGCCACUGGAUUAAUUUCAUUACUGAAAAUAUGUAUAAACAUAGGUAGAGAACUUUUUAUAGAAUUGAAUUGUCUAACAUCUGGUUCCAUUUAGCUUACAAAGAGCUUAAAGUGACUCUUGAGUAUAGCAUGAUUUCUUGUGCUUUUGAUUGUACUGGUAAUUGUCUCCCCUCACCUUCUAGAACUGGACAUAAGAACAGAUAUAUCACAUUGCAAAGGUAUUUUCUAUGUAAAAUUUAUAAUUACACAAUUUAUAAGUAACCACUGAUUCUUGUCAGCUGCCUGAAGGUUUGCUUUACCUAGAGCAAACCUUUAGUGGAGGUCAGUACUCCUCCAUUACAAUUUACUAUUUCUGAGUCUUUGCCUCCAGUAUAUGUUUAGAUUUCUUUGUACCACUCAUCACCUAUCAAUCCCUUUGUUUUUGAAAGCUGCUAUAUCCUGAGAACUUAACAUUCAGAGAAAGGUCAGCCUUGUUCUGUUGAAGAAUAGUGGUG